AUGGCGUCGUCGGCAGGUCGAGACAAACUACGAGGAAGGCCGCCUCGCAAUUUCGCGUUCGGCUCAAGCACCCCACGAGAUCUCUCGCAUUUGAAUAAGGUUCCGCCACAAUUCCGAUACUACGACGCAAAAGCGGAGAAGCGCGCCGAGGGACCAUCACUUCGCGAUUAUAUUCUCAAAGCGAGAAGUUUAUCGAGAGAGGGGAAUGACAAUCGAAAAAACUUUGUGUUCGGCUCGUCGACGCCGCGCCAUUUGGCUCAUCUUGACAAAAUACCAACCCAUCAGAGGGUUUACGACGCGAAACUUCCAAAAAAGAGCGCGACACAUGAAGAUUUCAAAGCAUCACCGAUUCGGUGCAGCACUGUUCCGCCGCCGAUUCGCAAACCGGAACGUAAAGAAGAAGAAGAAAAAAUUCACGUCAUCACUUCGAAAGACGAUGAAAUCGCCUCGGAGCCCGACAUCGUACAAGAUCGCGAAGAAUUCAUGAAGGAAAUGCGCGAACAUAAAAAAUCAUUAGAAAAGAAAAUAUCACCAAUAGUUGAAAAGCCGGUGCACAAUGAAAUCAAGUUCGCACAUGCACCAGAAAUUGCGAGCAACACACAAAAAACGAGUCGCGCUCACUCCGAAACCCACGAAGCCGCUCCAAUCGCUGUAGAAAACGUGUCAGCAAAUAAAAUGAACGACCAGAUCGAAGUCUCUCAACUAAACGAAGAGAUAAGCAACGACGAGGCCAGUAGUCCCGCCGCAUCGACAAUCGUCGUUGAUAAUUUGCUGGCAAAAGUGCAGCAAAUUGCCGGAGACGCGACAGACAAGGUGAAGGAGAUCGUGACCAACGUAAACCGACAUCAAUUGGAGUCGUUUAAUAGUUAA